AAAUCGAGGACUACAAAUCUGACUACAAAUUCGAAUCAAUUCUGAGACAAGACGUUGCCAACUCCGGUGCUUUAGCUUUCGACCAGAUCCGACUCCAUCCCUCUGCCACGGAGGCGGUCAGAGCAAGGUAAAGAUGCUGGCAACGACGGGCAAAAAGGCGCUCUUGCCGGCAUGGCGAAGUGCCCGCACAUCUCCCUCCGUCCGUAUUGCGACGCUUCCUUGCGACAUACGGAGACUUGGGACUACUUCAACACCAAAUUCGCUUGCGGCUCGGUCCCUUGCAGCUGCUUCCUUCGGUGCUUCGAAGGUGCGCUCCACUCUGACGACGGGCCGGUUCGAACUCUCGAAAAGACACGGAUUCGCUUCAGCAGCGGUGGCCGAGGCCGUCGAAGAACCGACCUACGCUGCCCCGAAGACUCCAGGCAGUUCUCUGGAAGAUCUGCGCUACUUCCUCAAGCUAGUGGCAGAGCAACAGAUUGAGGUUGGGGAACGGGACGCGGCUUGGUUGACUAGAACGGCUGCUGCGUUGGGGGACGACACUUUACGGAUUGCGUUCGUAGGAGAGCAUAGUGCAGACGUUAUCAAUCUUGUCGGAGCAGUUCUGGAAACGUCUCUUGGUGGAGUUGCACCAGUAGGCCAAAUCCAGCGCAUCUCUUUUGGUUCAGGCAACGCUCCCGCCUCGGGAUCUGACUUGACGAGUCCAACUCCCUGGCUGGCUAAAAACCGCGCCGAAGUCCUUGCAGUGCCGGGAUUUGACAAGAUCGAUGCAUCCCAGCUAGAGGAUGUAAUCCAUCAAAGCGAUCUUGUCGUCCUCGCGACUCGAGUUGCGAAUCGGUUAACCAGUCCGCGCGAAACGGAGUUCCUGUCAAAGUACAUCGCGAGUGGCAAGUCGAACGUCAUCGUCACGGUUGACGGCUUGCAACAGGAAGGAUCGGAGACCUUGAACGCGCUGGAGAGCGUCAGGGAGCGACUCAACUUCUUCGCACCAAAGUCUUCUCCGGGUCAGCCACCUUUAGCGAUAGUCCCUGUCGAUACACACAAAGCAUUGGAAGCACGCCGUUUAUUGAAGAGUUUGAACCCUGCUGGACCCACCCCAUCAGUGUUCCUGAAGGAUCUGGAGUCUUCCGGGGUCCGUGAUGUUGAGCUAUCGAUUGUGUCGCAUAUCGAUACGCCAGCUGAUCGCGUCGAGUUGAAGCGAGAAUCCGCCAUCUUCACUGCCACACAAGCUUUGACACGCCUCCAGAACACCCUACAAUCCGCAGAUACCGCCCUGCAACAGGCGCUCGACGACUUGGACUCGUCGAUUGCACGCGUACUGAAAACGAAGGAACGGCUCGUUCGCGAUUUCCGCGGCGAGGAUUUGGCUGUAGUCAAUGGCAGCACAACGGCUUUGCGGGCAGCUGUCCGUGAGUACUUCACUAAAGUCCCCUUCUGGAAGCUAGUCUGGCGCAAUGACUUUGUGGCGGAUGACCUGAAGGUCAGGAUGCGGGAGCACACGCUGCUACAAGCAGAAUACCAGAUGGUGUAUGCGAUGGGAAAGUUGAACGAAGGCGCACGAUCGCUACGCGAAACAGUCCUGGAACAAGUGGACGCUGUAUUGGACCCGAAGUCACAUAUCAGCGCUGCGUCCAACGUGAACGCCAUCAAGGACCUCCUACUGGAAUUAGAGCGCACCCGUAUCCUCAUUAUCCGGCAAGGUGCUGCUCGACCUCUUGGACCAAGCACAUCCGAAGCCAAAUCCACACCUGAGUCGGGAUCACUUAUCUUCACCCCCGCCGACCCUUUCCUUCUCCGGAACCGCAUUGCGACAUUCGAUGCCACUCGCCACUGUGAUGAUCUUCAACGUGAUGCACAGAAGCUAGUUGUGAGGCAGGCCCUUUUCCAAGGCGCUCUCUAUACCACUUUGCUCCUUGUCACCCACUUUGGAGUGCCGUUGAUCUCCGUCGGGCUGCCAGUUGCACUCAUUUCCUCCGGCGCCGGACUGGCUUGGAUGAGGCUGCGAUGGCGGUUGCUGGAGCAGAGGUUCUGGGGUCGGGUGAGCAACGGUCACGACACGCUCAAGGAAGAUAUUUUGACUGCAUUUGAGCAGACCACAGAUCAGCAUCUCGUCGAGCCGGUAGCAGGUAUCGUGAAAGUCAUCCGCGAUGCGGUUGACGAGCGUAGACACAAGGUAGUGGACCUCCAAGCAGCCGUCGAUGCGGGGUUGACCCGGGCUCGCGAGCUCCGAAAGUAACUCUAGAUCUAAAGCAUGCGUCGUUUGUCUCCUCAUAUUGGACAAGGAUCCCCCUGCAAGCUUGCAUUUCUCCCUCCCGUUUCCUUCACACAUGUAUCUAUCUACCUCAC